CCGGAAGGGUCGUGGCCACCGGCGUGGAACCGACGGGCUUGGGUGGGUGUUUUUUGUGAAUGAAGCACGCGGUGAGGUCACGGCAUUGUGAUGCGGCCGGGAGGUCCCCGCCGAGCCGGUGGCCAGAGAGCCCGGCGCCCCUGAGCCCCGCCGCCGGGGCCGGUGCCGCCUCCCCGGUGCCCAUGCCCCCGCCGCCAUGGCCGGCCGGUCCCGAGUGGAGCUGCGCGGGGAAUUCAGCCUGGGCCCGCCCCCGGGCUCCAGCUACGCGCUCACCCUGACGCGCGAAGGAGAGCUGCACAUGGAGCGCUUGGGCGGCCUCGACCCCCCGCUCCCGGCCCCGGCCCCGCUCCUCCUGUCCGACUGCAUCAGCUGCUGCUCGUCCCGCGGCCGGGACGCGGGGGACCCCGCGGGCUACCUGUCCCUCGUCUGCUACCCGACCCGGCGGAGGGCGGGGGGCGGCCCGGCCGCCCGGAGGAGGGAGGCCCCCGUCUUCCGCGUCCUCGUGUCCCCCGACCCGGCCGAGAACCUGCGGGUGGCGGAGCUGUGGGCGCGCCGCAUCCGGCAGCUGGACCCUCGGGGGCCGCCGCACCCCCGGGACCACGGCCCGUCGGGGAUCUUCCUACCGCGGCCGAGCCGGGUGCUGGUCCUGCUGAACCCCCGCGGGGGCACCGGCCGGGCACUCAAGCUCUUCGAGCAACGCGUCCAGCCCAUGCUGGCCGAGGCCGACGUCGCCUUCACGCUGCUGCUGACCGAGCGACCGAACCACGCGCGAGAGCUGGUGCGGGAGGUGGAGCUGGCCCGCUGGGACGCGCUGGUGGUCAUGUCCGGGGACGGACUGAUGCACGAGGUGGUGAACGGGCUGAUGGAGAGGCCGGACUGGGAAACGGCCAUCCGGAAGCCGCUGUGCACGCUCCCCGGAGGCUCCGGCAAUGCCCUGGCGGCGUCCGUGAACCACUACGCGGGGAAUGAGCAGGUGACCAACGAGGAGCUGCUGACCAACUGCACGCACCUGCUGUGCCGGGGCCUGCUGGCGCCCAUGGACCUGCUGUCGUUGCAGACGGCCUCCGGACGCCGCCUCUUCUCGCUGCUCAGCCUCGCGUGGGGCUUCAUCGCCGACGUGGACGUGGAGAGCGAGAAGUACCGGCGGCUGGGCGAGACCCGCUUCACCCUGGGCACGCUGCUGCGCCUGGCCGCUCUGCGCACCUACAAGGGCCGCUUGGCCUACCUGCCCAGGGAGGGCCCGACCCCGCCGGCUCCCGCCUCCAGCGAUCCGUCCCCGCCGGUGUCCGGAUCCGAUGACCCGUCCCCGCCGGCCUCCGGUCCCAAGGACUCCCUGCUGGUGCCCCUGGAGCAGCCGGUGCCAGCACACUGGACCGUGGUGCCCGAGGAGGACUUUGUGCUGGUCCUGGCGCUGCUGCAGUCGCACCUGGGCACAGAGAUGCGCACGGCCCCCAUGGCGCGCGGCGCCGACGGGAUCAUCCACCUCUUCUACGUGCGUGCCGGCAUCUCGCGCGUGUCCCUGCUGCGCCUUUUCCUGGCCAUGGAGCGGGGCGCGCACCUGGACCAAGGCUGCACACACCUGGUGCACGUGCCCGUGUCCGCCUUCCGCCUGGAGCCGCGGGCCGGCCGGGGCAUGCUCACGGUGGACGGGGAGGUGAUGCCCACCGAGGCGGUGCAGGGCCAGGUGCACCCGGGCCUCUGCCGGAUCGUGGGCGGCAUCCCUGAGCCAAGCUUGGGCGGUGGGGCGGCGACCCCGGCUUCCUGAGCCGGGGUGGGAGGGAGGGGCCGCUGCCCGGGAUCCGAGGCGGCCUCCGGCGGGACCUCCGGGCCCCGGGCAGGAGCCGGGCCCCGUCCAGAGCUCCCAGAACAGGACGGGGGCUAGGCCGGGCCCAACCCCUCCCAGCCCAGCCAUCUUCGAUGGCCUCGCCUCGCCAGACCACCUCCCCCUGCAUGGGGCUUGAGGCCCCAGGCAGGAGCACCCCCCUCCCCCCCUCGAGACUUUGGACCAGAGUCAGGCGGGCAGGCCCGUCCGACCGGCAGCCCCGAUCCCCCCCGGGGAUGGGCACCUGGGCCUCUCCCCUCGGAUCGCCUCCCCGGCCUGCCCUCGGCAGCCAUCUGCCCAUCUGCCUCCAGGCAGCAGCCUUCCAGAGCCAAAGACCUGGCAAUGGACCACGGAAGCAGGAGCAACUGCAGUUAGAUACCGGGAAGGACUUCCCCAUUAAAGAUCGCUGGAAGGGGACAAA